UUUUUAUUUGAGUGGAAAGUUGAAAGCGAACACCACACCGGCUGCACCCAUCCGGCGCUCGUUGGGGUGGCAUAGCAAAGUUCUAGGGCAGAGCCUUCCUGCCCGGAGCCCGCGAUGCAGCCGACUUCCGAUACCUGCUCAGCUUCACGCCGCAACUGAAGGUCCGCCCGCCGCGGAACAGUUGCGUCUCCAUCUGGCUGCCAACCCACCCAAGCUUUCUUCUCCUCCACCACCACCACCUUCCCUCCUUCCCCCCGCCUCCCCCUCCUUUCCGUCUUCCCUCUCCACCCCCGCCCCCAAUCUCCUCCUCUUUUUCUCACUACAAGCGGUUGCUGAUGCUGAAGCCGAGCGUCACUUCGGCUCCCACGGCAGACAUGGCGACAUUGACAGUGGUCCAGCCGCUCACUCUGGACAGAGAUGUCGCCAGAGCAAUUGAAUUACUGGAAAAACUACAGGAAUCUGGAGAAGUACCAGUGCACAAGCUACAAUCCCUCAAAAAAGUGCUUCAGAGUGAGUUUUGUACUGCUAUUCGAGAGGUGUAUCAAUAUAUGCAUGAAACGAUAACUGUUAAUGGCUGUCCUGAAUUCCGUGCCAGGGCCACAGCAAAGGCAACAGUUGCAGCUUUUGCAGCUAGUGAAGGCCAUUCCCACCCUCGGGUAGUCGAACUGCCAAAGACUGAUGAAGGCCUUGGCUUUAACGUGAUGGGAGGAAAGGAGCAAAAUUCCCCCAUUUAUAUCUCCCGCAUCAUUCCUGGAGGGGUGGCCGAAAGACACGGAGGCCUCAAAAGGGGAGACCAGCUGCUAUCAGUGAACGGAGUGAGUGUGGAAGGGGAACACCAUGAGAAAGCGGUAGAACUACUCAAGGCUGCUAAAGACAGCGUCAAGCUGGUGGUCCGAUAUACCCCCAAAGUCCUGGAAGAAAUGGAGGCUCGCUUUGAAAAGCUCCGGACUGCCCGGCGUCGGCAGCAGCAACAGUUGCUAAUCCAGCAGCAGCAACAGCAGCAGCAGCAACAAACACAGCAAAAUCAUAUGUCAUAGUUUGACACGUCAAGCAAAGACCAGGUCCUUAAAGAGAGGCUACUUGAUCAAACAUCUGAUAGUCACAAAUUUGAAACCGUGCUUCACAAUCCCAGCACAUAAUGAAAGGAAAAGACAACAUUGAUAAUUAUACCUGUCAAGAAGCUGUGACCACGUGAUAUAUAAGUUCUUCACCCAGGCAACUCGACACCUUCUUUCUCUGGGGCUGAAUCCCCACUGCUCACGCGCUCUUUACACACACAGACCUUCCAUGCACUGCAGUGGGAAUUCUCAGUGUGUAAAGGGAGCAGUUUUCCGGUCCGCAGACUGAAAUAGUACAAGAAGAAUAAAGUCCAUGACUUUCCGAUAAAUCACCGGGCCAGGAUUAAAUGAAUCUUUGUUCUACAGCUUUUCCAGAGAUUAACAAAUCCCUCAUUAGGCUAUAGUUUAAACUGCAUCAGUUCAAGGUUGUCAUCACUUAAAAGAAACCUACUCAUUGCCCUAUACCCUGACCUCUUCCACAUCCAUAUUGCUGAGUUGUCUGAAUUAGAAUUCCAGUUAAUUGCAAAUUCCACCUUUAUUCCCCUUAUGCUAUAUUUAUACUCUGUUCAGGUUCUAGAAGCAAUUGGCUUUUUAUUUUCUGUUUCCAUGAAUUUUAUUAUGCAUUAAUGGAGAGGGACAAUUUUAGCUCAACUUUUGGUUUGCUAGAGACACGGAUAGAGAACUCUAGUACUGUAUAUUUUUUUAAUUUAACUAUCACUUGUAUCUAUGAUUAUUAAUUCUAACAAUAUAACAUGUAUUUAUUCCACAAAAUAUAUAUUAUCAGAGUGUAUCUGUUACAAACUGAGGUCUUUUCUUACCAAAUGUUAUGAAUCUGGUAAGAGAAUACUAGCAAAGGACCUAGCUUCAUGAACUGAUCCUCCUGUGAUAUUUCCAUAUAACCCUGCUCUCAAUAUUUGUUUGUUAAGUUUUAUAUUUUUUGAUUGAUAAACUCUGGGUAAGUCAGAAAUCUUUCUGUCUACACUGAUAUGUUGUCAUAGAAAUUUAUUUAAUAUGUUAAAGCCUAAGGCUUUACAAAACUCAAUUAUGAUAUAUGUUCAUAUAUAUACAAAUAUAUGUGUCACACAAGGUUUAAAUCAGUUUCCCCAAAGACAAAGUGGAUGUUUUUGGCAAUCUAAGAUCAAAAGUAAUAUUCCUUUCAAAAUUAGGCAUAUGUAAAUGAGGAUAUUAAUUUUGUGAAUGAAAAAUGCUGCUCCUUCUAGAGGGAAAAAAUACCUAAUUCAUUACACACAUUCAUAUAGGAAAAUAGACAAUGAGAUAUCAUCUCUCAGAAAGUAUCAUUUGCUGGAAAAUGAGCCACCUCUACAGAUCUUCACUUUUGACUUAUGGUAAAUCUAAGCACAUAAGUCUGAUUUUACUCAUUGGAAUGAAUAGAAAGCAAUAAUUAUUUGGGCAGUUAAAUACCUUAGGCACAAAAAUGUACCUGAAAAAAGAAUACACGUUCAGUUGAAACAUUCUAGAAAGAUGAUUAAAACUGAGGCCAAUAUUUGAAUGUUUCUUUUUCUCAAAUGCAGAAAUUGAUUCCCCAACAUAAAUAAAUUUUACAUUUCAGAUAGUCCCCCAAAUUAGAAAUUUAUGAAGCUCACUUCAGGAGCUAUUUCUUGAAAACAAAACAAAACCAAUCAGAACUACCCAGUACAUUUUAUUUUGCCCUUUCAAAGGGUGUUAUUAUCAAUACCAAGUUCUGCCUACUCUUCACAGUGCAUCACCCAACAGAGAGCCAAGAGCAAGGAAGCUAGGAGGUACACCAAUUCCAACAACCAUCCUGAAAACAUAUCAUUUUUUACUAGAGAAAUGAGGGGGGAGGGGAGGGCAAGGGGGAUGACCCUGAAUGUUAUGUAAAAUAGGUUUACAAAAGAGAUAAGCAUGACUAAAGGGAGUGAAUGGAGACUAAGUGAGUAUUACUCAGUUUGAAAGAGGUAGUUCUCAUUUUUAUAAGAAAAAUUUAAUAAAACAUAUAUUUUAGUUAUCAUUUAACAAAGAAAUGUAAAAGCUAUUCAGGCAAUGCCACAGAUUCUCAUAAAGGGAAAUAUUUGCACCCUUGUAAUGAGAAAAUGGUCAUUUCAACACAUUUCAAUGCCUUGUAUAAAUUUGAAGUUUAAGAUACGUUUUCAUUUAGCCAUAAGUGUAUGGUUGAUAUUAAAUUAUCAUAUAUUUUCACAUCAAUAUAAAUCUUAUCAUGGUGUUACAGAAGCAGCUAUCAAGUGAGCAGAUACUUUACGUUUGUGUUUUCUAGAUGUCUUUGUAUGUUAUGCUUCAUUUGCAUAAUGGUUAAAUGCUAAUAAAUGUAUGCCAAGUCCUUUGUCAAA